CUCGCAUGAAACGGAAAUGCAGACUAAAAAAAAUAGCACACUCAUUUCUUCAUAGUUAAAGUGUGUCGGAGGAGUGAUUUAUCCAGUUAUAAAGUCCGUCACUGUGAUACAAGGUGAAAGACUCGACACUCGACUCGACUCAGGCAACAGAAGUGCAGCAGUACAGCAACAUGUCUUACCUUCCAGCCCUCUUCAAAUAUGUUGACGAGCACCAGGACGAAUAUGUUAAGCGCCUGGCUGACUGGGUUGCUGUGCAGAGUGUCUCAGCCUGGCCUGAGAAGCGUGGAGAGAUCAAGAACAUGAUGGAAAUGGCAGCCAAAGACAUAGAGAGGCUGGGAGGCACGACAGAGUUGGUGGACAUCGGAAAACAGCAGCUGCCAGGUGGUGAAGAGAUUCCUCUUCCUCCUAUUAUCCUGGGCAGGCUAGGCUCAGACCCGGGCAAGAAGACCGUGUGCAUCUAUGGACACCUGGAUGUCCAGCCUGCGCAUAUUGACGAUGGAUGGGAUUCCGAGCCCUUCACUCUGGUUGAGAGAGACGGUAAACUUUAUGGCCGUGGAUCUACAGAUGACAAAGGCCCCGUUCUCGCCUGGUUUAACGUCAUUGAAGCGUUUCAGAAGAUAGGACAGGAGCUGCCCAUCAACAUCAAGUUCUGCUUCGAGGGGAUGGAAGAGUCCGGCUCUGAGGGUUUGGAUGAUUUGGUGUUCUCACGCAAAGACUCAUUCUUUAAGGAUGUGGACUAUGUUUGCAUUUCAGACAACUACUGGCUGGGCAAGACCAAGCCCUGCAUUACCUACGGCCUCAGAGGAAUCUGCUACUUCUUUUUAGAGGUGGAAUGCAGCGAUAAGGAUCUGCAUUCUGGAGUGUUUGGAGGCUCUGUCCAUGAAGCCAUGACGGAUCUGAUUGCUCUCAUCGGCUCUUUGGUGGAUAAGAAGGGGAAGAUCCUCGUGCCAGGGAUGUAUGAUCAUGUUGCUGAGCUCACAGAAGCAGAGAGAAAGCUUUAUGAGAAGAUCGAGUUCGAUCUGGAGGAUUACACCAAAGACGUGGGAGCACAACGUCUGCUGCACAGCACUAAAGAGCAAGUGUUGAUGCACCGCUGGAGGUACCCGUCUCUUUCACUGCAUGGCAUCGAGGGCGCUUUCUCUGCUUCAGGAGCUAAGACCGUCAUCCCACGCAAAGUCAUCGGGAAGUUCUCCAUCCGCCUGGUGCCGGACAUGGACCCCAAAGUGGUGGAGGAACAGGUCGUCUCCCACAUUAAUAAGAAGUUUGCUGAGCUGGAGAGCCCCAACAAAAUAAAGGUUUACAUGGGUCAUGGAGCCAAGGCCUGGGUGUCUGAUUUUAACCAUCCUCACUACAUGGCUGGUAGAAAAGCCAUAAAGACUGUUUUCGGUGUUGAGCCUGAUCUGACCCGUGAGGGAGGAAGUAUCCCUGUAACACUGACCUUCCAGGAGGCUACAGGGCGCAAUGUCAUGCUGCUUCCUGUCGGCUCCUCAGAUGACGGAGCUCAUUCCCAAAACGAGAAACUCAACAGGUCCAACUACAUCCAGGGUACUAAAAUGUUGGGUGCUUAUUUCCAUGAAGUAUCUCAACUCAGUUAACAGGUCCAUGUGGAUCAUCAUAACCUGGUUUGGACGCUUGAUAAAGGAAUGAAAAUUGUCCAUGUUUUGUAAUUAAAUAUGGUGUUUAAUACCAACAUGCCUGUAAGUACCCUGUACCCAGGAAGAGUAUCAGAAACAGUGGAAUCAGCUUUUAUUUUCAGUGAUUAACACAAGCAGCAGUUUACAGUAUCAGCUCUGGUCUAUUUGAGUGUAUGAAUUCAUCUCAGUAUUUCUGAGGAAUCAGUGGUUUGGGUCACAUCAUGUGAUCUAACUGUAGCGACCUGACAGGACAUACAUGGGCUCAGAUGUAGCAAGGAAAGGUAGUUUAUAUGUAAUCAGUAAACUAAAGUGUUGUAGCUCUGGAGGUGUAAAGUCUUAUAAGAAUGCUAUUACAAUAAAAGCUAAAAAAGUUA